UCUUGUACUUCGAGCGAAGGGGCAGAUCGGAAGGAAGGGAAAAGACAGGACAAAAUAAUCGGGUUUUGCGCUACAUGGCCAGUAAUGUCCGUCAAGUGACCGAAUCUAUAAACAAGACAGUUUCGAGGUGUGAUCGGAGAAGGUUAUAAGUGAAAGUUGCCAAAGUGCCUCGGAUUUCCAGACAUACAAGUCAUCAUCACCAUCUGAUCUGCUCGCAGAGAAAAAAGAACCGUACGAUCUCCAGCUAAACCAAACAAAAUAACACCAACACAUCAUGAAUCCAGAAUAUGAUUAUUUGUUCAAGCUGCUCCUCAUCGGUGACUCUGGUGUGGGGAAGUCAUGUCUUCUGUUGAGAUUUGCUGAUGACACGUACACAGAAAGUUACAUCAGCACCAUAGGCGUGGAUUUCAAGAUCCGCACUAUUGAACUAGAUGGCAAGACCAUUAAGCUACAAAUUUGGGAUACUGCAGGGCAGGAACGGUUUCGUACCAUCACCUCCAGUUACUACAGAGGAGCACAUGGCAUAAUUGUGGUCUAUGAUGUAACAGAUCAGGAGUCGUAUAAUAACGUGAAACAGUGGUUGCAGGAAAUAGACCGCUAUGCAAGUGAAAAUGUCAACAAGCUCCUGGUGGGGAACAAGUGUGAUCUCACCACCAAAAAAGUAGUGGACUACACAACAGCCAAGGAAUUUGCUGAUUCUUUAGCUAUCCCCUUUCUUGAGACGAGCGCCAAGAAUGCAACGAAUGUGGAACAAGCCUUCAUGACUAUGGCUGCCGAGAUCAAGAAACGGAUGGGCCCUGGAGCAACAACCGGAGGUGACAAACCCAACCUGAAGAUUGAGAGCACCCCUGUGCGGCAGUCUGGCGGCGGCUGCUGUUGAAGAGCUUAUACUCGCACACCCACAACCAUCCCUCCCCCCACCCCCAAAUACAAUAAGCAUUCUCACAAGAGGAACCACUGCAUUAAGAGCCAACGGUCUGAUAGCCUCAUGGCUUGUCUUUGAAAUUGAAUCUUCCUUUAUAACAUCACAGGACCUGUCUUGUUUUUAUUUCCCUAACCUUGCCUUUCAUAAAACACCUAUCAAUUUCCUGUUCAUCAGUUCCCCCCACAUCACUUGCCCCACCCCUGUGUAUUUGGUGACUGGAGCUUUGGUACAUGCAGUCAUAUGAACGUGUAAAAAAAAAUGCAGUUUUGGGGUGAUGCUAUUAAAAUGUCCUUUUAAACUCCACUGGAGAGUUGGCAUUUAAAUUGAAGUUAACUUAUCUCUCUUGAAUUUCUAAUCAUACACACACCCACAAGUAGUGAUAAAUAAUCAAUCAAUCAAUCAAUCGAUUGAGGUUAUGUGGGUGAGGGCAUGGGCUUGUUCGACAGGAAGUCAAAAGAGCAUACACAGUUGGCAAUAUUCUAUACUUGUUCUCAUCCUACUAGUAUAUUAUUGUUACUAUGGUGAUUUUUAAGACUGGUUGUUUUUUUCUGUAGUCUUUAGUUUUUCAAAUGAAGGCUUGUACAAAGGCUUACUGCUGUCAAACGACUUGUCUGAUUAGGGAGAGGGAAUUUUUUGUUUCAAGUCAGGGGUGUACUGUAGGUUGGUCAAUGAAAACUACUGUUCCCUCUGUGACUUCUGAGCCUAUCGCGUGUCCAGGCACCUGCAACUAGAGCUGAACACUUGAGUAUCUUGAACCUGGCAUGUGUUGAUGAGGUUGCUAUCCCUUAUCUUGGUACUGUUUUACCAUCCUGUUGAGUUAGAAGUCAGUUUAGAUCAGUCUUCGAAGUCCUCGCUGCUGCCAAAAACGAUCCAUCAUGCAUUAUAGGCAUGUGUGCUCACAAUAUAUUUGUAAUUAUUUACAUAUAAGGCAGGAAAAUUAGAAUACUGUAUUUGUGGAGGGCUUUUAUUUUGCCACCAUUUAAAUGUGUUAUAGUGGAACCGGUUUGUUGUGCUGUGUGUUUGCGUGGGAAUAUUGUGUAUUGCAUCUGGAAGGAAUAUUGGGACUGACUGGUUUUACAGAGGAGACCGGAUAUGACCUCCCAUAUUCCUUGAUAAAAAUAUCCAUGUAGAUUCAAGCCAUUAGACUGAACCAUAAUUCACGUCUGUAGCUACAGUACUUACCGUGGGUUCUUAAGUGAGGGUUGCAGAAGCUCAUUUAGAUGUUGCCUUUGGUGACUGGAGAGGGUCAUAUGAGUCCCCUAUGCUCAGCUUCAUGUAUUCAGAAAAUUCCUACAGUAGAUUCAUCUUCAUGCGAAUCCAAGUUCUGCAAAGAUUUGUUGGCCUGACGACAGUGUUUUUGACCUGGCUGAUUUAUUAUGUAUAAUAUCGAUCUUGAUAAAGUAGUUUGUAAACUUCACUAGUAUUAGUGUGUCACGCUGUCUUGAUUAGGAUAGUUUCACUAACAUCUGUCAUAUUGUGACGUUUGAUCACACUCACUCUCACUCAGCCAGUGUAAUAGAGUUUUUUACCACUAACACCUGCCAGUGCUAACUUCAUUGCACAUUUUCAUCUAAUUUUCGACUAAUAAUCUGUGGUGGAUUUCGAUGCAAGGAUAUUUUUUGUAACUUAAAUGGUUGCGUUGGGUUGGAGGGAGCAGUAGCAGGGUUAACAGUGUGUGUGCAAUGGCUGGAACGAGGGCCUGGGGAAGAGGCAACUGUGUUUGGGAACAUUCCUUUGUUUUUUAACUGGUCCAUCAUGGAUCUCUCGUCGCGUCUGUGUGAAAUUAAACAGUAUAUGAAAGUCUCAUUUAAAACUCAUGCUCAUUCACACACUUUAAACAAGUGCUUUUUUGGGGAGGGUCUGAACAGUCAUUGUUUUGUUUUGCUGUUAUACCGAUUUUUGAACUAUGAAUUUCUAAGUUUUGCUGUAAUACUUUGUGUCGGUUUUCAGAAGGAUGGUACAGGAUGGGGGCGACUACAAAUGGGUGUGCGGGGGUUGGUUGCUUAUGAAUGUUAUGAAAUAUUCUUAUGCUUUGUCUUUUUCAUUUUUACUCAUGUCAUUUGCACAUCUCAUUUAUGAAUUUAAACAAGGCGAUUGGUAAAAUGACAAGCACCUCUUUAGGAGUUUCCCCAUGUUUUUUCUCUGUGCUCUUUUGCUCGCUCACCCCAGUGCCAUUUCAUAGCUGGGUUUGAUCUUGUUUUUCUUCUCUGUACAUAUUAUAAAUAUAUAUAAUAAAAUGAUCGACAUGAGACUUAAAAA